AUGGCAGUAAUACAUGAAAAUUACGACUCGAAUGAUAAUUCUCCUAAAAAUAUGGACAUUGAAAAUUUUUUUCCUGAUGCUGUACAAGACAUUGACCAGAAGCUUAAGACGAUCGGCGAAGAAUAUAAAAUUGGAACGCUUGUUGAACAAGAAAAUCUUAAACAGGAUUCUACGAAUGAAGAUAAAAAUGAAGCAACGUUAUCUUUCAACGAACAACAGCAAGGUAUUUCCAGUUAA